GUCCGUUUUGAUCGCGUUAUUACGGUAACAGCACCCGGAAAUGCGCGAAUAUUCACAUAUUCUUACGUUCGUACAAGCAUGAUCCAAAAUCCGCGUUGCUCGUAUGCAGUGUUACAGUACAACCGGCACCGUAGUAUUUCCGCGUCGCAUGCCGAGUUCUGUGGAUGCCUGCGCUUUCGCUGUAACGUCUCCGUAGAAACACGGCUCGUAGUCUUUUGUGACAUUUGUUGUCGCCGCUAUCCCACGUGUUGCAGAAGAGACAAAUACAUCGCAGAAUCCCGCCACCGAGCGAGCUGCAUCGACAGCUUGAAGUCAUCGCUGUCACUGCGAGAUAUUGCAAUCCUGUAGUCUUUACAGUUCACAUCUCCCAUUCCUUCCAAAGGCUAAACGAUGAGCGAAUACUUCUCGCUGUCGGAGUGUGAUGUGAUAGGCUUUGACUUGGACCACACGCUCUGUCGAUACAAUUUGAAGGAGACCUCCAGGCUGAUCUAUGAGAGUUUUGCACGGUAUCUGGUGGAGCACAAGGGCUAUGAUAAAGAUCUGCUUCAUUUAACACCUGCUACUUGGGAUUUCUGUUUUAAAGGUCUUGUGGUGGAUCUCGAGGAGGGCAACCUGGUCAAGUUGGCAGAGGACGGUACUGUCUUGCGAGCAACUCAUGGCUCUAAAGACCUUAGUACUGACGACAUCAUAAAGCAUUAUGGUCCAAAAAGAGAAUGGAAGCAUUUUAAUAGCCUCAAUACCUCGUACACACGAUCUGCAAAAUACUAUUUUUAUGACAACUAUUUUGACCUCCCUGGUGCUCUUCUCUGUGCCGGAGUGGUGGAUAUGUUGAAUAAGCGAGGAGCUGAAAUCACAUCUGACUUUUGGAAAGACAUUGUUGCUGCCAUUGACCAUAACUACAACACAUCUGCAUUUCGGGAGGACACAGGGACGUAUUUCCCCAGUGUGAAGCACUGUCCUGGCCGUUACCUGCAGCCCUGCUCAGAUGCGGUGAAGAGAUGGUUGAGGAGCAUGAAGAAGAGCGGGAAAAUCCUGCUGCUCAUCACCAGCUCACACUCUGACUACUGCCGGCUCGUGUGUGAGCACAUACUCGGAUCGGACUUUGAGGAGCUGUUUGACAUCAUUAUCACUAAUGCUCUGAAGCCUGGAUUCUUCUCUUUGGUUCCGCAGCAGAGACCUUUCAGAACGCUGGUGGAUGAUGUUGAAGAUAGUGAAGGACUGCCAUCUCUGGAAAAGCCUGGUUGGUAUUCUCAGGGCAACUGGCCUCAUCUCCACGAACUACUGAAGACCAUGACCAACAAAACAGAGCCCAAGGUGGUGUAUUUCGGAGACAGCAUGCGCUCGGACAUGUUCCCGGCCUGCAGCUUUGGAAAGUUGGAGACGGUGAUGAUUGUGGAGGAGAUGGAGGGGGAGGGUGUUCCACGUGCUGACGCGACCCCCAGUAACAGCCCCACCCCAAGUGAAGGCCCGGCAGGGAAAAAGGGCAAGUUUGAGGAUCAAGGAAUGAAAUCUCCUUCAGCUGUAUCAAACCAGUGGGGCUCAUAUUUUGUGGAUGUGCAAAAGAAUGAAGGAGAGGAAACACGGAGUCUCACCUGGUGUUGCCACAGUAUCCACACAUACAGCACCAUGGCUAUACCCAGCAUUGAGGCUAUAGCUGAUCUUCCUCUAGACUUUAAGUUCCAGAGAUUCUCUUCGGAUAAGCCCAUCACAACAGGUUAUUACCCCAGACCUCCAGACUCACUGCUGAAAUGGGAAGAGAACUAGCCCCGAACCCUCUCACCAGUCAGCAUAGACCAAGAGAUUGUUUCACCGUUACGUUCUGGAGCUUCACCACAGAGCUAGACCAUCCAUUCGUCCAAUCAGUGAUUAAGCUGUGUGAAUGUAACACCCAGCGCGCUGUCUGUGUAUUUUCUUCUCACCCCUUCCUGAAUCACUACAGCAUACACAGUAUGAAGUUGUGUCUGUACACAUGCUGAAAAUCUGUACAUUGAUCAUUGGAUGUAGGAGGAAGUCACAGUGUAUCGUGUCUCACCCAGCAUUGUGAACCCACUACCAUUAAACUACUUUUAAUGGUGUACAGAGAAAAAAAAACUUAGCUUUCCCAUGAGCUAUGUGUUUUUUUUUUUUUUUGUCUUGUCCUGUUUUUAUGAACGGAAUGUUAUAUGACCUCAGAGGAUUUGUUCUUGCAGCUGUUGUAAACGCUUUCUUAGGAAAGCAAUGCACAAAUUAUAUUGAAUAUUCAUGCAAUCAAGAAACAGCCAUGAGUUCUUUGCUCUUUUUAUGAUUGGUUGAUGUUUUGAGAGCGUUGUAACCUGCAGGUUUUGUAACUGGUUCAGCUCUGGGCUGGUUUGUUUUCCUUUCCAUCAUUUGAUUAUGAUUUCAAUACUUUAGUUUACUGUAGCUUACUGUAUUCUGCAGACGUUUCUGUGACAAAUGGAGAAAUGGACGUCAUACUUCCAAGCGCCAGUAAUAAAAGGAAUAGUUUACCCAAAACUAACCAUCUAACUAAACCAUCGUGUUGUUCCAAACCAUUGAGCUGUUGAUGGAACAUAAAGGCUUUGCUGAAGAAUCUUCAUGCAGCUCUUUCCAUACAGCAACAGUUUAAAGUUUGUAAGAAGGACAGAAAUAAAAGCACCGAAAACUAGUCUGUAUGACUUAUGUACUACAUUUCAAGUCUUCUGAUGCCACAAGAAGUUGUUAUUUACUGACCAUUUUUUUGUUGUUAACCAUAGAGCCCUUGCAUAAGUUCACUGAUUCAGUCAGCUGACCUCAAGAACUGGAUCAUUGAGUUAAUUGGUGUUUUGAGGUGUUUCUUUUCUCGUUGAGUUAGUAAAUGAUGUGUUUACCUUACUGAUUUGUUUAACUUGCAGACUUGUUGAUCCAGUUACAGCAGUUCUCAGGUUAACAGCUCACUGACGGGAAAGUUUACCAGUGAAAAAGGACUCACAUUUUGGUCUGUUCCUCACAU